AUGGCAGCGCCCAGAGCCCUGCCUGCUGGCUUUGGGGAACUCGAGGUGCUGGCUGUGGGAACAGUGCUGCUGAUGGAAGCGCUCUCUGGCCUCAGCCUCAAUGGCCUGACCAUCUUCUCUUUCUGCAAGACUCCAGAUCUGCGGACUCCCAGCAACCUGCUGGUACUGAGCCUAGCCCUGGCCGACAGUGGGAUCAGCCUGAAUGCCCUUGUUGCAGCUGUAUCCAGCCUCCUCCGGCGCUGGCCAUAUGGUUCAGAGGGCUGCCAGGCUCAUGGUUUCCAGGGGUUUGCAACGGCACUGGCCAGCAUCUGUGGUAGUGCAGCUAUCGCCUGGGGCCGCUACCACCACUACUGCACCCGUAGACAGUUGGCAUGGAACACGGCCAUCCCCCUGGUGAUGUUUGUGUGGCUAUCAUCUGCCUUCUGGGCAUCCCUGCCCCUGAUGGGCUGGGGCCACUAUGACUAUGAGCCUUUGGGGACAUGCUGUACAUUGGACUAUUCUAGACGUGACAGAAACAUCAUCAGUUUCCUCUUCAUCAUGGCCUUUUUCAACUUUGUUGUACCCCUCUUCAUCACACUCACUUCAUACCAGCUCAUGGAACACAAAUUCUCCAGGAGUGGUCAUCUGCAGGUGAACACCACUCUGCCAGGCAGGAUGCUGCUGCUGGGCUGGGGCCCCUACGCCCUCCUGUACCUAUAUGCAGCCAUCGCAGAUGUGACCUUCAUCUCUCCCAAACUACAGAUGGUACCCGCCCUCAUUGCCAAAACCAUGCCCACAAUCAACGCCAUCAACUAUGCCUUGCACAGCGAGAUGGUCUAUAGAGGAAUCUGGCAGUGUCUAUCUCCACAGAAGAGCAAGCAGAACUGAACCCAGUGAGAUUCUUCAAGGGGCUGAUCACAAUCAAGCCUACCUCUGCAAGUCUGGACUGAGCCCCUGGCCAGGAAGAUGCCCUAGCACACUUCCCAACAGUCCCAAGUCCAACAUUAGGCUGGACCCAGAUACAGGGUUCUAUGGAAGGAGUACUGGUCACAGCCCUCUACACAUAGACUAAGAGGCCCUGGAAAAGUAACUCCCUCCAACCUCAGUUAUCGGAACCCCAGAGUAAAGAUGCCAUUAUGAAUCAACGAGGAUGCUGUAAGGUUGAACAAGCUAACAUAUGCUCACCAAGCACAUAAAAUUUUUACUGAAAUGAGCUACUGAUUUGGAUCUUGGCUGUGUGCUAUAUGAACCAAGUCUUACAAUAAAAGGAGACAAAGCCCUAGGAAUGGUUUUUGGGAACUCAUCUGAGUUUGCCAAUUUUCAAAUAGCACUUACUAAGUUGUAAUGGCAUCAGUGACUUAUUCUGCCCCUUGUUCCAUGUCCCCUAUGGUGAGAUAAGAUGACAGCAAUGAUGAGUUGACCAUACAGAUUGAAGCAGAACACGCAGGUUAUGGACUCCCUGAGUCAGCCACCAGCACCAGCAUUCAAAAUGAGCCCUUGGUUAUAUGAGAUUUGGAUUAAAGAUGGCUUUCAAAUGGUUUGGAACUCAUUGCCAAUAUUUAAAAAAUUAAAGCAAUUAUUUAACCAUCCAGAUGUCAGGAGAUGUGGACCCACAGCUCUGUCUUCCUCUCCACAGUGACAGUUUGCAGAGCUCAGUGUGACUCUGCCCUUUGCCCAGAACACAUAUGGUCCUGUUCCGGCUCAUAUGUUCCCUGCAGAGCUCAGGUGCCUCUGGGUUUGUGACACUGAUGAAGGGGCCCCCAGUCACCUUUGGAUGUACACCUAUACCUUCCAUAGAGUCAGCGAUUCAGAAUCAAGAUAUAAUAGGUGCAUAGUCCUGUGUGAGACCUGCUGUCCUAGAGGAAAGUAAAGCAGAUUGACAGGGUGAUGGAGGCCAUACUGGAAGUCUAAUGGCGCAGGCACUGUGAGAGACAGAAAGCACAUCCUAUGAAGCCAAGAACCUGAAUAGGCCAGUUUCUGGCAAUGAGGGGAUGGUCAUGAGAAUAACUUGUAGACUUGGGUCUGCCUCCUGGUUCUCCAGAUGCAGAAAAUUAGGUCACAUAUACACAACCCAGAAGAAGCUUGCAGAAAACAGAGUCCCUUAGCUGGGCAUGGUGGUGCAAGCCUUUAAUUCCAACACUUAAGAGGCAGAGGUAGAUGGAGCUCUGUGAGUUCGAGGCCAGCCUGGUCUACAGAGGGAGU